UCCAUUUUGAGAGGGAAGAGAAGUCAGGGACACCGUGUAGACUGGCCUGGAUCUGAUUCAUGUUCUAAGAUCGCCCCCUGGCGGCCGAAUGGAGAACGGGCAGGGAGAUGGGGCCGGUCCACCCUCAAGUCUACCCUCUGGCCCUCACAGCCAGUCACAGAAAGUGUGGCAGCCUGAAGCAGGCCGACUUCAGUAGGUCGCGUAGCCUCCCAUCUUUUAGCCUCGGCUUCUCCAUGAACACAGUGGGGACAAUAUACCGCGAGACUCUCAGAGCGCACCCUGUGCGGAUGGGGCUUUGCGCCGACGUGUUCACGUGAUUCCCACUAAGUCCUAAGGGGCAGGAACUGCGGCCUUCCUCACUUCACAGAGGAGAAACUGAGGCUCGGAGGACAGCACGUGGGUUGCAAAGGCAGGACUGGAACCCAGGGCCCCCGGUCCUGCCUGGGCCCCCGCAGCCUGGGCUGGCCCUGGCGGGGGUCCAGCCCCUCCCAACGGACUCGGGAAGCCACGGCCGGGCGGGGCGGAACAGUGGGUGUCCCUGGCGCCCCAAGGUGCCAAUUAAAUGCUCGUGGCCGUCUGGGGCCAGAGCUGCGGACGGCGGCAUGGCCGAGCCGGGGCCGGAGCCGGGGCGCGCGUGGCGGCUGCUCGCCCUGUGCGGGGCCGCCGUGUUCCUGGCGGCGGCGGCGGCGGGCUCGGCCCUGCUGGCCUGGAAUCUGGCCGCCUCGGCCUCCCGGGGGCCUCGCUGCCCGGAGCCGGGGGCCAACGCCACGGCGCCGCCCGGGGCCCCGGCGCCCGAGGUCGAGGAGCUGCGGCGGCGGCUGGCGGAGGCUGCGCAGCGCGAGGAGGCCCUGGCCAGGCAGCUGGACCAGGCCGAGGGCGGCCGUCGGGAGCUGGAGGAGGCGCUGAGGGCCUGUGAGGGCCGCCAGAGCCUGCUUCAGACGCAACUGAUGACACUGAAGACUGAGAUGGACGAGGCCAAGGCACAGGGGACCCAGAUGGGGGUCGAGAACGGGGAGCUGACAGAAGCCCUGCUGCGCUGGGAGGCGGCGGCCACGGAGUCUGCGCGGCAGCUGGACGAGGCGCAGCGGCGCGCGCGCACGGCCGAGGCCGAGGGCGAAGCCUGCGCAGCCCGGGAGGCGGCGCUGCGCGAGCGUGUUAAAGCCCUGGAAGCUAAGAUGAGCCCCCAGCGCAGAGUGCUGCACCCCCGGCCCCGCUCGGGGUCCCGACCCCGACCCAGUCCCCGCUCGCGCUCUCGCCCUGGACCCUCGGGGGGCUGCCGGCGGCCGGCGCGCCGCGCACGAGGGUGAGUCAGCCCCCAGCAGGAUGGGGGCUCGAGGCCAGGAGGACAGACACUGUAGGGGCCCAGCGGGAACACGUACAGAGGGGCCCACGCUGGAUGAGACGCCCAGUCGACACCCAUCAACGCUCAACUUUAGACCCAGGAGCCGCUCUGAACGGAAACGGUACAGAAAGGAGACUGGAGCCUCUCUCCCUGACCAUCUAGUGCCUAUUCUACAGACAGGGAAACUGAGGCCCAUUUGGUCAGACAGUGAGAUAGUGCUGAUAGGGACUUAAGUCCCCUCUAAGAACAGAGUUGCCCUCAUCCCGCAGACAUGAGGACUUAGGGUGUGUGACCUGGACACAUCUCCUCUCAAGGCCUCAGUUUACCUUACCUGUAAAAUGAAUGAUUGGAAUGUGUUUAGAGAGCCAGCCUAUCCUUGACACCAAAAACUGACAAAGAUGGCACAAUGGGGAAACUACAGACCCCUCUGCCUGUGAGGAGGGUAGGAAACUCCUCAAUGGAAUUUUAGCAAAGAGAACCAAGUAACACAUUUUUUAAACAUAUAACAAAGGGGACUUACGCUUGAGAUGCAGGGAUGGUUCAAUAUUUGGAAGUCUGUUAAUAAAAUUCCCCAUACUAACGGAUCAAAUGAGAAAAGUUCUGAAAAAACAUCAAAAUCAGGGCCAAGGUGAAGAUGGCCACUGUCAAGAGUUUAAUACUGUUCUGGAGGUAGUAGCCAAUGCAAUUAGUUAACAAAAAGAAAUAAGAGGUCCACAUAUUAGAAAAGAAGAGAAUGUAUAGGUUGAAUCAUAUGAAAGCACUGUUUAUAUAGGUCAAAAGUAAUUGAAAUAUACGCAAUUUCACAUGGCUCAAUUUCACAUUAUUUCUGUCUUUUACCUUUGUAUCUGACACAACUUCAGACUUACAGAAAAACUAGAAGAUCAGUACAAAGAAUUCCUGGAUACCCUCUACCCAGAUUCCACAAAUGUUAACUUUCACCACCUUUGCUUUAUCCAUCUCUCUCUCUCUCUCUGAACCUUUAUGAAAAACUUGCAGAAAUGAUAUCUCUUUAACCAUAAAUACUAGGGUAUGCAUGUCCAAAAAACAAGAAUGUUGUCUCACAUAAUCCUGGUACAAUUAUGAAAAUCAGGAAGUGAACAUUGAUAAAGCACUGUUAUCUAAUCUACAGACCUCAGUCAGAUUUUGCCAACUGUUCUGACAAUGUCCUUUAUAACAAAAGAAUGUCCUGGCUCACCCAUUUUAUCUGUCAAUUCUCUCUCAUCUCCUUUAAUCUGGAGCCCCCCUGAAUCUGUCUUUGCCUUUUUAUGACAUUGGCACUUUUUAAAAAGUCCACACCAGUUAUUUUGUGGAGUCAGAGUUUUUGGUUUGUGUGAUGUUUCCUCAUGAUUAAUUUCAGGUUGGCAUUUUGGGCAGGAAUGCCUCAAAAGUGAUUCGACCUGCUAAUAUUGUCUGCGGGUGGUAUGAUUUUAUACGUAUAGAACCCAAGAGAAUUAACUGAAACUUUCCUGCAUAUAAACAACUAGCUAGAAAAUCCUUUGGAAGAAAAGAAAGAUCCCAUUUUAGAUAUCUAUUCUUGGGAAUAAACUAAUUUCCUUUUUAUUUAUGGAGCUCUUAAAAAUUAAUUUUCAAAAAAAUUCACUAGAAACAUGGGCAAAGAACAUGGAUAGCCAGUUCACGGAAACAUACAAAAAAGCCAGUCUCACUCCUGGACAAGAAAUGCAAAAUGAAACAAGAAUGUGGUACCACUUUCUACCCAUUCAUUUGGCAAGAUAAAAAUAAAAUUGAAUUAAAAGUUUGGGAAUACACUGUGUGGGUACUGCUGUGAGGAAACAAGCCAUCCCACGCAGUGCUGGUGGUACCGCUCGUUGGUCCACCCACCGGAGAGGGCGAUUUUCUAGAAUCGCUCAAAAUUAAAAGGACACACACUGUUUGACCCAUCAAUUCCCCUUCCAGCAAUUUUUCUGCGGCCAUAUUUACUUGCAUACAAAAUGAUGGACUAAAUGCAAUGCAGAACACAGGGCUGCAGCCUGGAACAGGAAAACACUUAGUGGGGAAAUCCAAUCAAGUCUUGAGUUUAGUUAGCAGUAAUGUACGAAGGUUAAUUUCUCAGUUUUGACAGAUGAGCCAUGGUAUAAAAGAUGUUAACUAUGGAAGAAGCUGGGGGAGGGUGAAUCAGGGACUCUCUGUAAAUCUAAAUUUAUUUCUGAAACUUUCCUGUAAAUCUAAAAUUAUUCCAAAAUAAAAAGUUGACUUUUAAAAAGGAGACAGAGUCGGGGGUGGGGGGAAUGAGGACAUAUCACCGCAUUCUCCGUAAUCGCAAAAAAUUGGAAACACCCUCAGUGUCCACCAAUCCAGGACUGUUGAAGUGAGUGUCUGCCCAGCCACAGCGUGGAACCUACACAACCGCUUAAAAGGCCAAAGCCGAUCUUCUCCGAGACACGUUCAUGUAAAAAGCAGGAGAGUGAUAAUUUGUGUACAUUUUUUAAAUGCAGGAUGGGGGAGACAUUUAUCCAAAUAUUUGUGGAGGAAAGCCUGGUCCCAGCUGUGGCCUCUGGAGUGGGAACCAAGGGGCUGGGGUUAGUGGGGAGGCAGUCUCGUGUUUCUAUGUAUCCCUUUUUGUAAAGUUUGCAUUUUUAAAAUCAUGCACAUGUAUUACCAUUAAAAUAAUUAAAAUUUGUUUUUAAAAAUCCCUAAGAGGCUGGUGUAAGGAUGGGUGUGGGAACCCUUGGAACUCGGAUCCCCCUCAGCCAGUCCUGCUCAUUAUCCCCCCGACCAACUGGGGCUCGGAGCUGCGUGAUCAGAGCCUUUGCCUGGGACGGGGCCCACCUAGAGGGGGAAGUGGAGGCCCCCGCCCCAAGGAAGAAGUGAGGCUGAGGCGGGGAUAAGAGGGUCUAGCUGCUUUGUUCUGCUGCUGGGCACCAGGGGUCGCCCCAGCCUGCAGACCCGGUUGUUGCCCGCUGAUGGCCCAGAGUUGGAGAGGCUGGGAGAGUGGGUCUCAGACCCCCCCAUACCUGGCAUAA